AUGUUUGGUCAGAGGAUGGAUGCACAGGUGGCCUGGGGAGAAGAGAAACGUCGGGAAGUAGUCAUGAAGACUCUCCGGGCUCGGUUUAAGAAGACAGAGGUCGGGAGACACCUGUCUGGCUGGCCUGCUAAACGAGGCAGAAAUGGACGCAGGCGGGUCCGUCCCCUGGAGGUCGGUCGGGCAGCAGCAGCUUGUGGGGUGAACAAGCCGGCCCCAUCGAGAUGAGAAUGAGCCCAGGCCGCCCCCAACCCGGAUCCCCCGGCCCCUGGGGGUGGGGCCUCCGGGUGGGGCAUGGGCGGGGCGGGGGCGGGACCUGCGGCUGGACAGGCGGCGGCCGAGUACAACCGCCCUUCGGCCCCGCGGCCCAGCCGCCCUGCCGCCAUGAAGCAGUUAUGCCUAUGCUCCGCCACAUCCUUCACGCUGCACCUCAGCCCCACCGAGCUGGGCUCCUGCCCACCCUGCGGCCCCUGCCCCAUCCCGAAGCCGGCAGCCAGAGGCAGGCGCCAGAGCCAGGACUGGGGCAAGAGUGAUGAGAGACUCCUACAAGCUGUGGAGAACAGUGACGUCGCCAGGGUGGCCUCCCUCAUCACCCGCAAAGGGCUGGUGCCCACGAAGCUGGACCCCGAGGGCAAGUCUGCGUUCCACCUGGCAGCCAUGCGGGGCGCAGCCAGCUGUCUGGAGGUGAUGCUGGCUCAGGGGGCCAAUGUCAUGAGCACUGAUGGGGCAGGUUAUAAUGCCCUCCACCUGGCUGCCAAGUACGGACAUCCACAAUGUUUGAAGCAACUGCUCCAGGCCUCAUGUUUGGUGGACACUGUGGACAGCAGUGGAUGGACAGCUCUCCACCAUGCAGUGGCUGGAGGCUGCCUUUCCUGCUCAGAAUUGCUCUGCUCCUUUAAAGCACAUCUGAACCCCCGUGAUCGGUCAGGGGCAACACCCCUCAUCAUAGCAGCUCAGAUGUGUCACACGGAUCUGUGUCGCCUCCUCCUACAGCAGGGUGCUGCUGUGAAUGACCGGGACCUGCAGGGCAGGACAGCCUUGAUGCUGGCCUGUGAAGGGGCCAGCCCUGAGACAGUGGAAGUGCUGCUACAGGGUGGGGCCCAGCCAGGCAUCACUGACUCUCUCGGCCAGGACGCGGCUCACUACGGCGCACUCGCGGGAGACAAACUCAUCCUGCACCUCCUGCAAGAGGCUGCCCAGCGCCCCUCACCACCCAGCGCCCUCCCAGAGGGUGACUCAGGCGAGGCCUCAUCUCAGAACUCUGUGUCCAGUCGUGAGAGGCCAGGGGCCUCCAAGAAACGGAAGGCACCUCAGCCCCCUGCCAGCAUCCCUAUGCCGGAUGACCAAGAUGCCUACGAAGAGAUCGUGCGCCUGCGUCAGGAGAGGGGCCGUCUGCUCCAGAGGAUCAGGGGCUUGGAGCAGCAUCAGGAACGGAGGGGGCUGGAGGAGCCUGAGGCCAGCUCCCUCCACAGCCUGGAGAGACAGGUGCAGGAGCUGCGACAGCUGCUGGCAGAGAAACAGGAGGAGAAGGAGAGCUUGGGGCGAGAGGUGGAGAGUUUGCAGAGCCGCCUAUCCCUGCUGGAGAAUGAACGAGAGAAUACGAGCUAUGAUGUGCCCACCCUGCAGGAUGAGGAGGGGGUGCUGCCUGACUCCCCAGGGACUGAGGCACUGUUAUCCAAGCGGCUGAGUGCAUCGGUCCAGGAGUUCCUGGUCUCACUGCAGGACCAGGUGGCCACGCUCACCAAGCAGAACCAGGAAUUGAUGGAGAAAGUUCAGAUCCUGGAGAACUUUGAGAAGGAUGAGGUGGAGACCAGUGGCUCAGCAGAGGUCAUCCCUCUGGCUUUCUAUGAGACUCUCCAGGCCAACUUUGACCAGCUCCAAAGGCAACACACUGAGGCCUUGCGGGCAUUGGAGCAGCGGGGCACCCAGGAGACCUCUGGAGAGGGUGACGGGGCCACAGGGUCAGGCACGGGUCAAGGAGCCAAGACCACUACAAACGGGCCAACAGACGUGGAGCUGAAUGGCGACUCAGUGCUGGAAUCCAAAGUGAACGGAGCCAAGACCACAGACGAGGAAGCUUCAGGGGAUGAAACUAUGGCGGACAGGGCUUUGGAAGCAGUGCCCACCUGGGCCCAAACCACAGAAACAGAGGCCUCAGGAGUUGUAGUCGUGGAAACAAAGGUAGCUACAGUGGCUGGGGCCACAGAAGUGAAGGCUCCAGACAAGGCAAAAGUCAUUGAGACCCAGGCCACGGAAGCCGAGGCCACGGAAACAGAAGCCACAGAAACAGAAGCCACAGACACCAAGGCCACGGGCAUGAAAGCGGGAGAAUCUCAGGUGAAGGUCAAUGGAGUGGGUGCCAUGGAGGCAGAGCUCACAGGGACAAAGGCCACUGGGGAGGAGACCACUGUUCUGAGAGCUCCUACUGGCCCCAUCCUACAUCCGGGUGCAGCCGAGGCCUCCGAGAAACUACAAGCAGAGCUAGAGACCAGGAUCCGUGGCCUGGAGGAGGCUCUCCGGCAGCGGGAGCGGGAGGCUGCCGCUGAGCUGGAAGCGGCCCGUGACAAGUGUGAGGCCGCCGAAGCCGAGGCCGGACGCCUGCGGGAGCAGAUGCGCGAGGCCGAGGGCACCGGGGGCCAGGAGAGCAGUGGGGGCAACACGGUUCAGCUGCGGGCGGCCCUGGAGCAGGCCCGGGAAGACCUCCGGGACCGGGACUCACGCCUCCGGGAGCUGGAGGCAGCCUCGGCCAGGCUGGAUGAGUCCCGAGCCAGCCAGUUGCUGGCGGAGGAAGAGGCCAGGGGUCUGCGAGCAGAGCUGGCCCAGAAGGAGGAGGUGCGGCUGGAGCAGAGCCGAGAGCUGCAGGUGCUACGGGAGCAACUGGCCAGCGCCAAGGCCUCUGAGGAGCAGCAGCGAGCAGUGGCCGCUGAACUGGGCCAGGCCAGGGCCACGGCGGAGGCUCAGGCCACUGAACUGGCCGCAGCUUGUGAGGAGGCCCGACGGAGCCUGGCAGAGCUGCGUGAGGCCUCCGAGGCCCUCCGCCAGUCCUCAGUGCCGGCCUCGGACCACCAUCGGCUUCAGGAGGAGGCCCUGGAGCUGCGGGGCCGGGCAGCCAACCUGGAGCAGGAGGUGGUGGUCACGGGCAAGGAGGCGGCCCGACUCCGGGCAGAGCUGGACCGUGAGCGUGUGGGCAGCGUGGCACGCUCAGAGCACGAGCGAGUGGUGGGCGUGCUGCAAGCUGACGUGGCUCGGCUGGAGGGGCAGCUGGAGGAGCUGGGACGCCGUCACGAGAAGACUAGCGCUGAGGUCUUCCAGGUUCAGCGGGAAGCACUGUUCAUGAAGAGUGAGCGACAUGCGGCGGAGGCCCAGUUGGCCACAGCAGAACAACAGAUUCGGGGAUUGCGUACCGAGGCCGAGAGGGCACGCCAGGCUCAGAGCCGCGCCCAGGAGGCCCUGGAUAAGGCCAAGGAGAAGGACAAGAAGAUUACAGAGCUCUCCAAAGAAGUCUUCAGCCUUAAGGAGGCCUUGAAGGACCAGCCAGCCACCCAAGCUACCUCUGAGGUGGAGGCGCUUCGAGGCCAGGUGAAGGCACUGCAGCAGCAGCUGGAGGAGUCUAUCAGGGACCACAGUGCCAUUGUGGCUUUGUAUCGGAGUCACCUACUCUAUGCUAUCCAGGGCCAGAUGGAUGAAGAUGUGCAGCACAUUCUCAGUCAGAUCCUGCAAAUGCAAAGGCUCCAAGCUCAGGGCCGCUGA